UACCGGCCACAUGUCAAAUAUUCAAUAUUAUAUUGCCGUAUUACAUUACAUUCACUUGUUUUGUUUCAUGUGGCUCCGCGUUCAACGUGAAUUAAACAGCAGACCUUUCAUUUAUAAUAUUAUAUUUUGUUUGGGAAAGCUCACAGCUACUGCUGUGCCUAUUACACGUGUCAGCGUUACUCGUUGACGCAAUAGUACUGCGGUAAGCAACAAUUUUGGAUAAACAAUUUUGUUUUGUUUACAAAUUACAAUACAGUUUGAUGUGCGUUUAACGACGUUCGGGUUAAUUAUCUAGAGCAUUCGUUAAUUUUACGGAGUACCUCUUCGAUGGCGGAAAAAAUUUACCACCGGCGUUUGGCCGCUUCACAUACCACUGCUAAAAUAGCAUCAAUCGAGAUUAAAGAGACCGAAUCUUCAAUCUCUAUAAAUGGUGUACAAGUGCCAAACUCGUAUAAAGAUAUAGAUUUGACCCGUUAUAUAGCCAGGCUAGUGUCAAAUAAACAUGGCACAUCGAAUAAAGGAAAAACCAAUUGUUCUUAUUUGUAUGGGAAAGACAUAGAAGAACAAUUGUUGGUAGACAGUUGGCUGAGUUUUGUUGUCGACGAUGAAAAGAAAAAUCAGGUCGAAAAACUUCAGUAUUUGGAUAAAAGUUUAAGUGCUACAUCGACCACAUCAAAAUAUCUGGUUGGUACGACUUUGACCAUAGCCGAUAUUGUGGUAUUCUGUUGGCUAGAAAAUUUGCAAGACAAAAAAGCCAUUUGCGUGUCAAACAAGCUCACUCACGUUGAAAGAUGGUCACAAUUCAUUUCCUCUUUGCCGUCUUUCAAAAAUGCCGAAGAUAAAAAUCAAAGUCAAACGAAAAAUUCAAACCCUGACACGAAGGAACAAGGGAAAUUUGUUGAACUUCCUGGAGCUGAAUUGGGAAAGGUCGUCGUAAGGUUUCCGCCUGAAGCAAGCGGGUACUUGCACAUCGGUCAUGCAAAAGCCGCACUUCUUAAUCAGUAUUAUCAGGAACAAUUUAAGGGACGUUUGGUUAUGAGAUUUGACGAUACAAAUCCAGCCAAAGAAAAAGAAGAUUACGAAAAGGUUAUUUUGGAAGACGUAAAACUACUUGAAAUCAAGCCGGACGUAUUUUCGUAUACGUCAAAUUAUUUCGACAAAAUGAUUAGCUUGUGUGAACAAAUGUUAAAAAAAAGAAUGGUGUAUGUCGAUGAUACAGAUCCGGAAACAAUGAAACAAGAACGAGAAAAGCGAAUAGAAUCGAAAAACCGCAACAAUUCUGUCGAUAAAAAUGUGAAAUUAUGGAACGAGAUGCUGAGCGCGACCCCUACUGGACUGAAAUGUUGUGUCCGAGCCAAAAUAGACAUGCUCUCGGACAACGGAUGUAUGCGGGAUCCUGCGAUUUACCGUUGUAAGCCUGAGACUCAUCCUCGUACUGGAAACAAAUACAAGGUCUAUCCCACGUACGAUUUUGCGUGUCCAAUAGUGGACAGUUUGGAAGGUGUGACACAUGCUUUACGUACAACUGAAUACGCCGACCGAGAUCAACAGUACUAUUGGUUUUGUGACGCGCUGGAAUUGAACCCUCGGCCUUAUGUCUGGUCGUACAGUAGAUUGAACAUGACCAACACUGUUUUGUCUAAAAGAAAAUUAACGUGGUUUGUUGACGAAGGCUUGGUGGAUGGCUGGGACGACCCACGCAUGCCUACUGUUAGAGGAGUGUUAAGGAGAGGUAUGCAAGUGGAAGCUCUGCGUCAAUUUAUUAUUGCUCAAGGAUCUUCUCGUACAGUCGUUACGAUGGAGUGGGAUAAAAUUUGGUCGAUUAACAAACGUAUAGUAGACCCCGUUGCUCCACGUCAUACUACGGUGGAACUAAACGCAUCAGUUCCGGUCUAUGUUGAAGAUGUUAAAGAACCGUAUGUUAUAAAGAAUGUACAGAGACAUCCAAAAAAUCCUGACUUGGGCACAAAAGACGUAUGGAUCACUCCUACGUUGCUUAUCGAUUAUGUUGACGCCGAGGGCUUGGCUAGUAGUGGCGUUGGAGCUAAAGUCACGUUCAUAAACUGGGGAAACGUUAUCGUGACUAAAAUCAACAAAAAUUCAAGUGGCAAGAUUGAAUCGAUCAACAUAAAAACAGCAUUAAAUGAUACCGAUUACAAAAAAACCACAAAACUUACAUGGCUGCCAAAAAUUGUACCUGCUGAAAACAAAUCUUCCGACGUACCAGCGCUUGUACCCUGUUUUUGUGUAUUUUUCAAUCACUUAAUAAGUAAACCUGUACUGGCUAAAGAUGAAGAUUUCAAACAAUAUGUAAGCGACUUGGAAGAUCUAUCGUCGUGUAAGACUCGUUUAGAAGUACCAAUGUUGGGUGAUCCAGAGUUGCGCAAUGUGAAAAAAGGCCAAGUUAUACAGUUGCAACGUCGGCCUGGUUACUUCAUAUGCGACACUCCCUAUCAGCCGUUUAGUAUUCACACAAGCAAAGAAUGCCCUGUAAUCUUGUUUUCUGUACCAGAUGGUCAUACCAAGCAACAAGCAACAGUAAGUAGUGGUAAUUCAGCAGCAUCAGAAAAAAAAAGCAAUCAAGCUCAAACUCCAAAUUGUGCAAAUACUACCAACCAAGAAAAUGAACUUUACACUCGUGUGACCGAACAGGGAGACAAAGUACGACAGCUGAAAUCAUCGGGUGCUAGUAAAGACGCUGUAUCUGAAGCUGUUAAAGCGCUCUUAGCAUUAAAAGCAGAAUACAAACAAGCUUCUGGAAAAGAUUAUCAACCUAAUCAGCCCCCAGCAAAAUCUGCUCCCACACCGCCGACAAAUGCACCUAGCACUACCAACCAAGAAGAGCAACUCUAUGCUCGUGUGACCGAACAGGGAGACAAAGUUAGACAGCUGAAAUCAUCGGGUGCUAGUAAAGACGCUGUAUCCGAAGCUGUUAAAGCACUCCUUGCAUUAAAAGCAGAAUAUAAACAAGCUUCUGGAAAAGAUUAUCAACCUAAUCAGCCCCCAGCAAAAUCUGCUCCCACACAGCCGACAAAUGCACCUAGCACUACCAACCAAGAAGAGCAACUCUAUGCUCGUGUGACCGAACAGGGUGACAAAGUACGACAGCUAAAAUCAUCGGGUGCAAGUAAAGACGCUGUGUCUGAAGCUGUUAAAGCACUCCUUGCAUUAAAAGCAGAAUACAAACAAGCUGCUGGAAAAGAUUAUCAACCUAAUCAGCCCCCUGCAAAAUCUGCUUCCACGCAGCCGACCAAUGUACCUAGCACUACCAACCAAGAAGAACAACUCUAUGCUCGUGUGACCGAACAGGGAGACAAAGUUAGACAGCUGAAAUCAUCGGGUGCUAGUAAAGACGCUGUAUCCGAAGCUGUUAAAGCGCUCUUAGCAUUAAAAGCAGAAUACAAACAAGCUUCUGGAAAAGAUUAUCAACCUAAUCAGCCCCCUGUAAAAUCUGCUCCCACGCAGCCGACCAAUGUACCUAGCACUACCAACCAAGAAGAGCAACUCUAUGCUCGUGUGACCGAACAGGGAGACAAAGUACGACAGCUGAAAUCAUCGGGUGCCAGUAAAGACGCUGUAUCCGAAGCUGUUAAAGCGCUCUUAGCAUUAAAAGCAGAAUAUAAACAAGCUGCUGGAAAAGAUUAUCAACCUAAUCAGCCCCCUGCAAAAUCUGCUCCCACGCAGCCGACCAAUGUACCUAGCACUACCAACCAAGAAGAGCAACUCUAUGCUCGUGUGACCGAACAGGGAGACAAAGUACGACAGCUGAAAUCAUCGGGUGCCAGUAAAGACGCUGUAUCCGAAGCUGUUAAAGCGCUCUUAGCAUUAAAAGCAGAAUAUAAACAAGCUGCUGGAAAAGAUUAUCAACCUAAUCAGCCCCCUGCAAAAUCUGCUCCCACGCAGCCGACCAAUGUACCUAGCACUACCAACCAAGAAGAGCAACUCUAUGCUCGUGUGACCGAACAGGGAGACAAAGUACGACAGCUGAAAUCAUCGGGUGCCAGUAAAGACGCUGUAUCCGAAGCUGUUAAAGCGCUCUUAGCAUUAAAAGCAGAAUACAAAAGUACUGUCGGUAAAGAAUAUCAAGCUGGUGCUCAAACUUCUAAACCUCAAUCAGCGCCACCAUCUCAGAAAAAUGUCGGAAAAUCAGAUAAAAAAGGUGAUAAAAAAGUAGACCAAAAGAAAAAACAAGAAAAAUCAACAGCUUCUGUUAACGCCAGUGAGGCUGGUGUGAAGAAAAUUACUCGGUUAGGAUUAGAAGCCAAGAAGUUUGUAGAUUUACCUGACUGGUAUUCUCAGGUGUUGACUAAAGGAGAGAUGAUUGAGUACUAUGAUGUUAGCGGCUGUUAUGUAUUAAGACCAUGGUCGUUCGGUAUUUGGGAGCAGCUACAAAAAUGGUUUGACAAUGUUAUCAAAAGGCAAUUGGGCGUUCGCAAUUGUUACUUUCCAAUAUUUGUGUCGAAAGCGGUUUUGGAAAAAGAAAAAGCGCACAUAGAAGAUUUUGCACCAGAGGUAGCAUGGGUAACAAAAUCUGGCGAUACAGAAUUACAAGAACACAUUGCUAUCAGACCUACUAGUGAAACUGUUAUGUAUCCAGCAUUUGCAAAAUGGAUUCAAUCCUACAGAGAUUUGCCUUUGAAGUUGAACCAAUGGAAUAAUGUAGUGCGCUGGGAGUUCAAACAUCCUCAACCGUUUCUGAGGACUCGCGAAUUCUUAUGGCAAGAAGGUCAUCAUGCGUACGCAACCCAAGAUGAAGCCGAACGGGAUGUACUCAAAGUCUUAGAUUUCUAUAAACAAGUGUACGAAGACUUGCUUGCGGUACCCGUGGUGCCAGGGAAAAAAACCGAAAAGGAGAAGUUUGCUGGCGGCGUAUUUACCACCACCGUCGAAGCCUACGUUCCGGCGAGCGGUAGAGCCAUUCAAGCGGCCACCUCACAUUACUUGGGAACGAAUUUCGCACGAAUGUUUGAUGUUCAGUUCGAGCAUCCAGACACUCAUCAGCCUGAGUACGCUCAUCAAAUAUCUUACGGUAUGACGACACGGACCAUUGGAGUGAUGGUGAUGGUGCAUGGCGAUGACCGCGGUCUUCUGCUGCCUCCCAAAGUCGCAACGGUUCAGGUCAUUAUCGUACCGUGUGGCGUUGGCGCCAGCACAGAGCCGAGCGUCAAAGAUCGACUGUUGAAUUUGUGCGAUUCCGUGAAGAACGCACUCUUGGGAGAUCAAGAUCCGGUCCCGUCUCCAAACAGUAUUCGAGCGGAGACCGACUUGAGGGAUAAUUAUUCACCCGGUUGGAAAUUCAACCACUGGGAAUUGAAGGGAGUUCCGCUCAGAAUUGAAAUCGGACCUAAAGACAUGGAAGCCGGCCGUGUAAUCGCUAUCCGUAGAGACACUAGCGAAAAAAUAGAAGUUUCCCUGGGAAAAGAAGGAGACCUGGAUAGCGGGUUCCCGAAGAAAAUCCAAGAUAUUUUGGACCGCGUACAAAGUUCGAUGUUGGAAAAAGCCAGAAACGAAAUGAACGCCAAAAUGGUCGUGUGCAAAGAUUGGUCAAAGUUUUGUCCUCUGUUGGACAGCAAGCAUAUUCUUCUGAUACCGUUUUGCGGGCGACCGCCGUGCGAAGACCUCAUCAAAAAGGACAGCGCCAAAGACACGGUAGUAGAACAGAGUUCCGUCGAGGGAUCCCAGGAGCAGAGUACGGCCACUAUGGGCGCCAAGAGUUUGUGUAUACCGUACCAACAGCCGAAAGAACCUGAAAAUCAAAUCGGCCCCAAGACGCUUUGCCUGCAUCCGGAAUGUGGACAACCAGCCGCUGCGUUCACGUUGUUCGGUAGGAGUUAUUAAUUAUCUGGGAGAAAAAUGUUUGUAUUUUUUAUUCAUACCGUGUAAAAUCAUAAUAAUAUUUAUAAAAUAAUAUUAAGAAUAUAUUUAUACGAGUUAAUUAUUUAAAAAUAAAACCCCGUAAAGACAAUA